AUUAAUCUGUAUUGAUAGAGAUUAUUAUAUAGGAAAUAUAUUCAAAUUAUAAGAAAACUCCAUUAGUUCCCAUUUGAAUAUUAGUUCAUUUCCGCUUUACAUCAGAUGGCGCCUCGAAAAAAGAUAUACAUAUAUUUUCUCUAUCUAGAUUGUCAUUAGACUAGAGUAGUAAUAGAAUCGAGUACAUUUCGUUUGAAAUCGCAUCUAUCUGUUCAGAUUUUAUAUACACGACAAAUUUACUAUACAUUGCGAAUGAUUAGUUUAUGAGUUACUAUGUUUAUUUGACAAUAAUUAUAUAUACGUUAUUUAUAUUAUUUUCAAUUCAAUGUUUGAUACCACUUUCUUAUUUGUCGUAAAUUCAACAUAUUUAUAUUCACUUUCAACUUUAUUGUUAAAAUAAAAAGAAUAUCACAAAUAAAAACUUUGUGAUAAUAUAUUUAACACUAUUUAUAAACUAUUUAUAUAGUGUAUUAUUAUUCACAUAUACAUUACAGUAAUGGUGGAGACAGCAUGUGAUCCUACAAUUGAAAGACAUUUAAAAGGUCACAAAGAUGCAAUUACUGGUCUCCAUUUUCAUCCUACUAAUAAUCAACUUGUAUCCAGUAGCAUGGAUAAAACUUUGAUGUUAUGGAAUUUUACGGAUUCAAUCAGAGGAUAUAAAUUAAAGGCGCAUAAAGAUUCUGUAUUAGAUGUUAGCUAUGCCCCUUCUGGAGAAAUCAUAGCUAGUGCGUCCAGAGAUCGUUCUAUAAGAGUAUGGAUACCUAGAAUAACAGGACAAUCUGUAGAUUUCAAAGCACAUUCAGGAGCUGUAAGCUCAUUGCAUUUCUGUCCAAAUGGAGAACGGUUACUUAGUGCAUCCCAUGAUAAAAUUUGUAAAUUGUGGAUGUUGUGUAAAAGAAAAUUUCUUUUAUCAUUUAAUGGACAUACAAAUUGGGUCAGAUGUGCUAAGUUUUCUCCUGAUGGUAGGCUUAUAGUAUCAUGCAGCGAUGACAAAACUAUUAAAUUAUGGGAUGUCUCUACUGGACGAUGUAUUAAAACUAUUAAUGAAGUUAAAGCUCCUGCUGUAUAUGUGGAGUUCCAUCCAAGUGGCGGUGUUAUUGGAUCAGCUAAUAUAGGUGGCUAUGUAAAAUUAUAUGAUUUAAGAACAGGCUCAUUGUACCAACAUUAUGCUGUUCAUAAAGGUCCUGUGCAUGUUGCAAAAUUUCAUCCAAAAGGGAAUUUUAUGUUAACUGCUUCAGAAGAUACUACUAUGAAAGUUUUAGAUUUAUUAGAAGGCCGUCCAAUUUAUACGCUUAAAGGGCAUAAUAAUGCUGUUACAUCAAUUGCAUUUUCGCUUAAUGGAGACUACUUUGCAUCGGGUGGUGCUGAUUUUCAGCUUUUAACGUGGAAGACUAAUUUUGAUAAGGAUGAUAAAAAUAGAAAAGUUCCUAGAAUAUUAAUGCCGCCUAUUCAAGAUAUAAAAUACAAGGAUAGAUGGUUAAAUGAAACGGAUAUUUAUGAAGAAAAUGAAGAAUACGAAGAACAGCAAGAGUUGUUAUUAUCAUCACUGGAAUCUAUGAAAUCUAAAUCUGAUACAAAAAUUUGUAAAGGAUCUAUUCCCAAAUUACCAAAUGAAAAUAUAGAAGUUAAAGUGAUUAAUUUGAAAAAACAGAAACAAUAUAAAAAGGACAGAGAAGAAGAUUCUUUGUGUAUUGGAGAUAAAGUACCUGAUUCGUGUUCUAGUCAAAGUAAUAAUAUAAUAGAAAUGCUAAAUGAACAAGUAGAAUCACUACGAAAUACUGUUCAUAUAUUAGAACAACGAUUAAGUGCAGUCGAGAAAGAAUUGAAAUAUAAAUAAAUAAGUGAAUAUAAUCAGAAUUAAUUAUAUAAAAUAAAACAAGUUUGUUACAAGUUAGUAAAUAUAAUCUCACAUCAUUUACAUUAUUUAUAUAAAAUAAGUAACACUUUUUUUUCUCUUUCAAAUUAUAUAAUUUCUUCGUUAUGUCUGAACAUUUUAUAAAAUUUCCAGAAUUAAAAACAUAAUUUCCUGAAUAUUAAAUAAUCAAUUGAGAUGUUCAAGAACAUCAAAUUAAUAAUAUGAACAAUUAGCUACUUUCUCUAAAGUUUAUCAUUGAUGAGUUAAAAAUUGUAGGUUAUGUGAGCUUUUUGACAGUUUCAAUCAUAAAAAGUUUAAGAAUUUCUAUAACAUUAUUUAAACCGAAAACUCUAACAUUAAUGAUAAUUUUCGUGGCUUAAUUUGACCGAUUUAGUUAUUUAAUUUUUAUAAAAAUAAAAUAGAAAACAAACUUCAAGUGACCAAUAAAUUAUGAUUAUAACGGACUGUCGGAAAGAAAGCACAAAAGGGGGAGCCUCUCGUCAGAUAUAUGAAAGCAAGAGAACAAUUCAUUGCUUCCAAUUGUAUGCAUUUAGUUUGCUGAAAUACUUUGAAGUGUUCUUGUACGAUUAUCUUUGUAAUAAGAACUUAUCUUUUGAUAAAAAAACAAUUGAUAUUCCAAGAAGUAUCGUUGUAAAAAGAGUAAUCUUGGUGUUUGCCACGUCAAACUUUAAAUAUAUUUUUUCGUUGAUAUGUCGUCACAGGUUUACGAAUUUUGGGUUGAAAUGACGUGUGAGGGAUGCGUUAAUUCUGUUCAAAAUGUGCUUAACAAAAAGGAAGGUUUGUAAGGUGUUAAUGAUGUAAAAGUAAAUUUAGAUAAUAAAAUGGUUUCUGUGAAAACAACAUUAUCUUCCGAUGAGAUAUUACAAGUUAUCAAGAAAACUGGCAAGGAGUGUAAAUUUUUAGGCAUAAACAAAUAAAUUUGCACAAAUAUUACAAAUAUAACUAUACACAAUAAUAUUAUUACUUUUCCCUCUUUUGCCCAUUAUGCAUUAUUAACCUAUUGUAAGUAAUCACAAAAUUAUUAUACCAAAUUAUAUUUUAUUAAAUUCAUAAGGUGAUUUAAUUAUGAAAUAUAAAUUAAUAAAAGUA